UAAUAAAAUUCCAAAAAACAAGAGAAGAAAAAGCACACGCCACGGGUACAGUGGCGUUGUUGUUGUGUUGUAAUAGUCAAUGCAUUGAUUUCUUUUCUUCUUCCUCUGCUAAAAAACGCCUUUUCCAUUCUUCUGUGCUCUGAUGGGCGUUACAAAGGAACAGCUUCUUGCGCGGUUAAAGGAGCUUCAGAUUACUUUUUCACAGUAUGAGCAUCCAGUUAUUUUGACAGUUGAGGAAGGGGAAAAGUAUGUUGGAAAUUUAGGGGGUGGGAUGAGUAAAAAUUUAUUUUUGAAGGAUAGGAAACAGAGAUUUUAUAUCGUUUCUGCUUUAGCCAACACCAAAGUAGAUAUAAAAGUGUUAUCUCAGAGGCUUGGUUUGGGAAAAGGAGGUCUAAGAAUGGCACCUGCAGAGGCUUUAGGAGAAAUACUUCAGGUGCCCUUGGGUUGUGUCACCCCAUUUGCCAUAGUGAAUGACUCAGCACGAGACGUUGCACUGUUAUUGGAUCAAGGGUUCAAGACUCAAGAAUACUGCUUCUUCCAUCCAUUGUCGAAUGACAUGUCCAUAUCUUUAAAUGCUCAUGACCUUGACAAAUUUCUAAAGUCAAUAGGAAGGGAUCCGUCAUAUGUUGAUUUUGAGGCCAAUCCUACUGUGAGUAAAGAUCAACCUCCUGAUCUAGCUGCUCUAGUUCCACCCAGCUUAGGAGUUAUGCCCCAACAAUCUGAAACACAACCUUCAUCACAAGUUCCUGCAGAUGGAAACCAUGUUUCUGUUAAUAAUAAGUCCCAGACAGUUUCAGGUAAAAAUUCUGUUAAAUGUGACAUUCAAUGUUCAUUCAUGUACCAUCUACAUGAAUGGAACCAUCACAUUUUUCUUUUUGAUAAUUAUACCAUUGGCUUAUCGUUUCAUGUUUAUCUGUUUUUCUACUAGGAUAGUAUCCCUAAAUAUGUCAUCUUAUCUUGAUGUAUAAAACAUGGUGUAAUAUGUUUAACUGAUUCUUAUUUCCUAUAUACUUUUACAUCUGAGAA